GCAGGAUCUUUGAUGACCACAAAGCAUUCGCAGCCACAAUCUACGUCUGGAAAAAGCCUAACUUCAACUAGUACAAAUACUCCUUAUUUUAGAGUAGCAGAAAGUACAGAAAUUCCAGCUUACAUGACUAAAUGCCCGAGCAACGGGCUUUGCAGGAGGUUGCCACCAGACUGCAUGACAUGUAACACCAACUACUCUUGUGUGUACGGGAAGCCGGCCACCUUCGACUGCAAAGUCAAGCCACACGUUCAUUGCGUUGAUGAGACCAACCACGAGCAGGAGAACUUCACAGUUAACAUGACGUGCCAGUUCUGCUGGCAGCUUGCCACCACUGACUACGUGUGUACCAAUUCUACAAACUGCAUGACGGUUUCUUGUCCACGACAACGCUACAACGCCACUUGUACGGUACGGGAUCAUAUUCAUUGUCUAGGGAAUCGUGUCUUUCCUAAGAUGCUCUAUUGCAACUGGACUGGAGGCUAUAAGUGGUCAACUGCCUUGGCACUAAGCAUCACCCUUGGUGGAUUUGGUGCUGAUCGUUUCUAUUUGGGCCAGUGGCGGGAAGGUCUGGGAAAACUCUUCAGCUUUGGUGGACUUGGAAUAUGGACACUAAUCGAUGUGCUGCUGAUAGGUGUUGGCUAUGUGGGACCUGCAGAUGGUUCUCUUUAUAUUUAAAUGUGGGUGCAGUGUGCUUCAGAGAGGGUAAUUGCUUGGAAAAGGCUCUAAAUAAAAGAAUGUAGAGGUCUGAGCCUUCAAGUUAGUAUGAAGAACAACUGUUCUUUCUGUGUGCAUACAUUUUAAUGUACAGCAUCUGUACUUGGUUCGCCUUUAACUAAGGUAAAAUAAAAGAGUGGAUCACUGAGGAA